AGAAAAAUUUUCUAAAAAAUAUUUUAAAACGAGUAAAAAGGCAUUGAGUUUGGCCGGACCGAUCUUUGGAUAUCCACCACCUAGGCCUUCAUUCCAAAAAACACCUGUCGUCUCAAAGAAGUGCGCUGAUGUUUGUAAACAACCAACUUGGCAACAUAACAAACAGGAACACCACACUAUGCAACUUUUAGAGUCUUUUUUGGGCAACACAAAAGGGUAGCCCACACUUGGACCUUCAACAAACUUCAAAAACAUCUUAGCCACAUGCCUUUUACUAUCACAAUGAAGGGUGGCACGAACAAACUCUCCCCCAGAAAUGCACCUUGCUUGACCAUUAACACACGCCGCACGGACGGCCGGCCACACUCAACGACAAUGUCACGGGACAAAGGGGUGAGUGAGGUCCUUACAAAUCAAUAGCAUUAUUGCCCUGGUGACGCCAUGUCAAAGGAAAUUCGUGGCAUAUGGCCAAGACAAAACCUCAAAGUAAGUCCAAGCGUAUGGACGUAAAGGUGGUGUCGCCGUUAAAGAAGAAAGCCAAAGUAAAAUAUAAAGGAUUAUUGAAAAACAAAGUAGGACAAGGCAAAUUAUUUGAGAAAAAAAAACAAAUUUUCAUAUUUUGUAAAAAAAUGGAAGAAAUGUCAAAAAUUGUGGAGGAUAGAAGAAAAAUUGCCAAUAAAUGAAGUCUGUCUAUGUUAAAGUUCCACACAAAAGAUAAGCCUAGUAUGGAUUUAAGUCUUCGGGGAUCUCAGAUAAAUUUGGCGACGCGACAAAAACCCAAACCCAAGUUCUCCUCCCAAAGCAAUCUUUGGAAAUCCUCAGUACGCAGCUCGGCCAAUCUACGCCCCAGGUCGGCCAGCUAUUUUGAUAGGCGCCAUCAAACAUCGCCCUUUUCGCUGAGACCUCAAUCGGCAGAUCCAAAAUUUGGCCGCAAUUUUCAAAGUCCUUGUGGCUCGUUUAGCACCACCACCGAUUCGGAAUUUUCCCAUUUGAAUCUAGGCAAGAGGAAACUCAACAAAUUCCAAUCGGUGUCCUCCUCCAGUCUGCUGAAGCUUCUGCUUGAAGAGCCCAUCAAAAGGCCUUGGCUUUGCAGGGAUUCUACGCCCACGGUGCACAGCGAUGGUGAUGCCUCCUCCAGCCGCGAUAACCAAUCGGAGUUAAGUUCCUAUAGGCGCUCCAACAGUUACACCAGUCUGCACAAACCCCUUAACAACGAAAAGUUUAUGACAACCUUGCGACAACCUACGCGAAAGGUGACUUCUGCCUCCUCUAUGCAGCACACGAGCAGGACAGGACAAGUGACCACCAAGGAAAGUUAUAGCUAUCAACAUACUUCCUCCUCCUCCGCCUCCUUAAGUGCCCAGGCCUUAAUUGCCAGCCUUAAGGCUGAGAAGCCUGAUCUUCCCGGCAGGGUAUCCUUCUCCAAGCCCUCCACCGAAGUGGUGAGUGACCAGGACUCCAGUGAUUAUGAUAAUCCAGCACAUCCCUCAUUCUAUGAAAAUCCCUCAUUAAAAUCUCAAACUGAAAGUAUAUCGGCUCCUGGUCCUGUCAAACCUGAGGACUAUAACUUUAAAACAAAGCCUGCUGAUACCAGCCAGCUGGACAAAGAUCUCUGCUCCUUAAAUUUGAAAAAAUCAGUGCAUUUUGGUUCCACAGCCAAUGGUGAAGAAAUUGUAGCUGAAACCUUUGAAUAUCCCAAAUGUCCUUCGGAAAAUUGUUCCUGCAGCACCCGAUCAUCAUCAUCCAGUAGCCUGCAGGAUCCCUCAAGUCCCAAGUGUUAUUGCAAUUUGCCCAAUUGUAAAUUUUAUGCCGAUACCCUUAAGAAACCCUCAAAUAUAGGAGCAGAAACUGAAAUUGGACCUUCAAAGAGCUCCACGACUAUGGACAAGCCCAGCUCUUCUCCCAGCCAUAAAAUCUCCAGAGAUCUCAAAGAACCCGAGGAGUCCCAGGUAAUAAGGGAUUAUAAAAAUGCUGUGGGCGAGCAAUUGGAAAAUUCGGUGGUAAAAAAUCUUCUAGACGAAGGCAAAUCAAAAAGUCAUGCCUCCACUUUAAACAACUUCGAAUUGCCCUCGUAUCUUUCCAAAUAUUCCAAUCCUUCCCAUGCUUCUUCUGAGCCUUUGGAUAAACCCAAUAAUAUAGCCGAGAAGAAUAAUGUCAUCAACACCUAUAAAAGUGAGGUGGGCAAAAAGGAUUUUCUGAAAAUGGACAACAAAUUGGAAUCAUCAACCAGUGGGGCAGGCAAGAAAAGCACCACCGAAACAGUGAUCAACAACUACCUGAAAGUAGCCGCUUCCACCGCCUCCAUCAUCAAAAAGAAAGAGAACAAUAAGACCUCAGAGGCUGAACAAAAGAAACUGCCAGCCUCAGGCUCCUCGACCACCACCACCACCAUCACCUCCUCUAUGUCUUCGCAUAACUCGCUUAAUGCCAAAACCAAACCCCCAAAAACCUCCAUAGCCCCUUUGACCCAGAAUAACAUCAAAAAGGCCAAGAGUUUUGGUAAUUUACGCGAAGAUUCCAAUCUUCAUGAGUUCAAUCUAGACAAAAUCGAUUCCUGGAUGUCCAUGCAUGAGGAGAGCCAUCAUCGCUCAAAGUCUACUCUAACCAAACAUGGUUCUCUCGAUGAUUCUUUUGAGAAAUUUACUCGCGAAACUUUGGAUGCCAUGUCGGCUUUGGAUGGCGACGAGGAGGACGAUAAAAAUUCACCCAGAUCUUUGGAUCAGUCGCAGGAUGAUUCCACCUAUGAUGAAAUUGUUUCGGUGAUCAAAGAGAUUGAGGAGGAUAAGAAGAAGGACAACUUCGCCGAACGCAUGAAUUCCGAAAUGGAUCUUAAAAUAAGCAGCACUCCCAGCAUUGGAACUCCCCAUCCAACAGGAGAGUCCUCCGUCGUGCCCCCAAAAUCCCCAGAUAAGUUUAGGGACAUUUUAAGUUACUUGGAUAAUGUAGAGGAUAGCUGUGAGAAGACUUUGCUGGAGACCCGACGCUCUAUGCCUGACACCAAUAGAACGGAAGUUGAGUUUGUAGUGGAACCGGAUAUAGCUGAAGAUGUGCCCAAACUUUCCGAUUUGUUAAUGCUUCCCAAUCAUCAGCUUGCACGCAGAAUCAUUGCUCUCAGCUUGAGAGCUAAUGAGUUGGCCAAUGCUGUACAUCUCUCCAAAGAGCAUGUGAUGAAGGUACGUACCGAAAAGCAAAAAACUAUAAGGGCAGAAAAAGCCAAUGCUGCCAAUCGAAUGAAGGAACAAAAGAAACACUAUGAGACCAUAGUGAAGAGGCAUCAAGGAUUUAUAGAACAGCUACUCAAAGACAAAGGUUCGCUUUGUGAGAAAGUAGCUGCUUUGACUCGCCGUUUGGAGAGUCAAAAUCAAGCUUGGGAACACAAAUUGGAGACAGAAGUGACUCGCGUCAAAGAGACCACCUUGGCCGGGGAGAAAAUUCGAAGAGAGCGUUGGGUGCGAGAGAAUACCAAGAAAAUUAAGGAAUUAACUGUUAAAGGCUUGGAGGCAGAAAUCAACAAAAUGAACUGCAAUCAUCAGCAACAAAUUACCGAAUUGAAGAGAGCCCAUCAGCAACAGCUGUUGGAUGCUUUGGAAGAUGCCCGCUUAAAGCAUGAGCAAAUUGAGAGCAGCAUAAGAGAAUCAUGUGCCCAAGAUCGUGAGUCCAUUAUAAGCAAGGAGAGAAAUGCCAUAAGAGAGAGAUUCGAACGCCAAUUGGAAGAGGAACGCCAAGCUUUUGAUGAGCAAAAACAAAAGCUUAGCGAAGAUUUUAGUAGUGAAAAAGAACGCUUGCAAAACGAAUUAAAAGCCAAAGACGUGGAACUACAAACCAAACGUUCGGAGUGGCAACGCGAAAAAGAAACUGAAUUGGGACAAACUGUUACCGAACUGCAUGAGAAAAUGUCCAAGCAGGAAGAGAAAUUCCUGAAUCGCAUCAACAGCAUAGAGAAACAGUAUGAAGCUGACUUUGAGAUUUGGAAAAAGGAAUACGAAAACAAUUGCAAAUCUCAACAAGUGGAAAAAGAGAAUGCCAUACGUCAACAUUAUCGUGCGGAGAGGGAUCGUCAAAUCGAUGCCAUAGUACAGAGAAUGGAUGCGGAAGCUUUGAAGAAUAAUGAGGAGUUUGAAAACAAAAUAAGUCGUUUGCGUGAGAAAUACGAAAAGGAUUUGCAGGAGCUAGAAACUGUCGAGAAAUCAAUGAGAGAUAAAUAUAAUGCCACUCGCUCAAAACUGGCCGAAUCUGAUGCCCAAAAUCGUAAUUUCCAAGCGGAAAUAAAACAAUUGCAAAUUGAGUUUGAACACAGUAAGAAGAUGUGUUCUGAAUUUCUUAUGGAACGUGAUCAAUUACGCGAGAAUCUUCGCAAUGAGAUUCAAAAUGAAGUUCAAGCCCUAAAACUGGAGAGAGAUGAAGAGAUACAAAAGAUACACAAAAGAGUCCAACAAGCCAUUGAAAAGAAGGAUGCCACCAUUGAUAUAUUGCAAAAGGAAAAUGGUGGACUGCGAGAACGUUGCCUCAAAUUGGAAGCGGUUAUACGGCAACAACGAAAGGAUUAUUGUGUUAAGUAAGAUGAGAGUAGAGAAGUAUGGAAAUGUUUAAAACAUUUAAAAUUCUAUAAAAAUGAGGAAAAUAAAGCUCAAAAAAUAUAUAGAAAUGUAGAGCUAUAAGAAUUAAA